AUGGCCGCAGUCGCUUCAACGUCCUCCCUCGCGCCGACCGCGGGGCCCUCAUCCUCUACAACUCGCCUCGAGCCGCUGCUGCUCGUAGCUGCAUCUACCAAGCCGCGCGGCGCAGCGGCCGCCAAUCUCAUCCAUCAAGCCAUCUCCGCACCCGGCGUGUUCUUCUUUGGCGAGCUCUUCGACGUACCAGGCGUGGCUGAGCUGGCCACCUCAAGCGGCGCAGACUCGUCUUCACAGCUUCACAUCGCAUAUCAGCUCCUGUGUCUGUUCGCAUACGGCGUCUACAGCGACUAUGUCCAGCUGGCGCAAUCUGGAGCUGUCACAGAUCUGUCCAGAGACCAAGUGUACAAGCUGCGUCAGCUCACACUUCUAUCGCUAGCACGUCAGAACAAGGCUCUGGCAUACACGACACUUCACGAAGCACUCGGCAUCCCACCAAGCAACAAGAGGGAGCUGGAAGAUCUCAUCAUCGAGUCCAUCUACGCCGGUCUGAUCUCGGGGAAGCUGAACGAGCUGCAAGCCAGAUUCGAAGUGCAUUACGUUCAAGGUCGCGACGUGCCUCAUCCAUCGUUGCUCUCUCAACCCGCGCUCAUCGCAUUGCCCUCCCUAGCGUCAAGCACAGGCACCUCCCAGCUCGACUCGAUCUUCUCCUCACUUCAAGCCUGGCAGUCAACUACCGUGUCCGUGCUCGAAAGCCUACAGCAGCAGAUGGAGGCGACGCGCUCCAGUUCGGCAGCUGGAGAGCAGCAACGUCAACAGCACCACCAAGCCCUACUCCAGAAUCUGGUCGAGGCACAGCAGCAGUUGGAAGCGCAGCAACAACAGCAGCAGCAGAGAAAGGGGAAGGGGGUGGCCAACGCAAUGGAGGUCGAUGACGACCAUCCAAGGACGGCUGCAAGGAAGUCGGCGGCGGUGGCAGGUGGCAGGGGCAGUAAGAGGUCAAGAGCUUAA